AUGAACAUUUCAAACGGUAGUAAAGUUGCCAAUUUAAUCACCAAGUUAGCCAUUCCAGCAGGUUUAAUCCUAACAGGGGUAGAUUAUUCUAUGUAUGAUGUGAAAGGUGGUUCUCGUGGUGUUAUCUUUGAUAGAAUCAGUGGUGUUCAAAAACAAAUUGUUGGUGAAGGUACUCAUUUUUUAAUACCAUGGUUACAAAAAGCUAUUAUAUUCGAUGUUCGUACAAAACCUAAAUCUAUAGCCACAAAUACAGGUACUAAAGAUUUACAAAUGGUUUCAUUAACAUUGAGAUUGUUACAUAGACCCGAUGUAUUAGAAUUACCGAAGAUUUAUCAGAAUCUAGGUCUUGAUUAUGAUGAAAGAGUAUUACCAUCAAUUGGUAAUGAAGUAUUAAAAUCUAUUGUAGCUCAAUUUGAUGCAGCUGAAUUAAUUACUCAAAGAGAGAUUGUUUCUCAAAAGAUUCGUGAUGAAUUAGCUACACGUGCCAAUGAAUUUGGUAUUAGAUUAGAAGAUGUUUCAAUUACUCAUAUGACUUUUGGUCAAGAAUUUACUAAAGCAGUUGAACAAAAGCAAAUCGCUCAACAAGAUGCAGAAAGGGCUAAAUUCUUAGUGGAGAAAGCUGAACAAGAGAGACAAGCUGCAGUUAUUCGUGCUGAAGGUGAAGCUGAAUCUGCUGAAUGUAUAUCAAAGGCUUUAAGUAAAGUUGGUGAUGGGUUAUUAUCUAUUAGAAGAUUAGAAGCAUCUAAGGAUAUUGCUAAAACUUUAUCAAGAUCUAAUAAUGUUACGUAUUUACCAAGUAAUAGAGGAUCUAGUUCAAAUGAUGGUAAUGAAGGUACAUCGAACAGUUUACUUUUAAAUAUUGGCCGUUAA